AUGACCCCAUCCGCCGCGAUAAGACCAUACACAUGCGCACGUUGCUUGCGUGCAAAUCGUCGUCCGAUUCGCCUGCGGACGACUGCUGUUGGACCCACGAGGCGAUACGCAAACGCGGCAGCUCAGGCUAAAGAAGCGGAGGAUGGACAACAUGGGAAAGCCCCAGCAAGUCAGGUGGACAAAGACGGAGGAGAAGAAAAGGAGGAGGGCGCAUUCACGAGGAGGAUGCGAGAGAUGAGCGAAGAGGCCCUAGAGAGCGGGGGACAUGGUGCAAUCAAAGCUGUGGAAGAAGCUGGAUUCAGCGCAGAUUUGAAGGCACAGCUGGAACAACGCAUCGCUGCGGCAAAUCUGAGGUCUUCUGAAGCAGACCUCCGCCGCAUCCGCCUCCCGCCAUACACGCGACCUUGCCACUACCCAAGCAUGGACUGGCACCGACCGAUGCGAUUAGGAAGACCUCCAAGACCACCAGGCGCAACAAAGGAGCAGCGUGGUGUCCGACUGGCAAAUGCACGCGACAGGAGUGGCAUAUACGUCAGUGUAAAGACGGACGAGGAAUUGGACGCCGAAGACCGAGAGAAACAGCUCCAGGAGCUCAAGGAUCGCUUCGAUCCGAAUGCGCGUGUCAUUGUACCUGGAGAUCUAAACGGUCUUGCCUCUCUGGCGAACAAGAGGAUUGAGGACGCGAUUGCCCGGGGCCAGUUCAAGAACAUACCCCGUGGCAAGGGGAUGAACGUCGAGCGCGACCACAAUGCAAACAGUCCGUUCAUCGACACGACGGAGUACUUCAUGAACAAGAUCAUUCAGAAGCAAGAGCUCGUGCCGCCCUGGAUUGAAAAGCAGCAGGAGCUCACGUCAGCCGCGAGCAAGUUCCGCAGUCGGUUGCGUGUGGAAUGGAAGAGGCACGCUUCUCGCAUGAUUGCCAGCAAAGGGGGGUCGUUGGCAGACCAAAUACGCAGAGCGGAGGCAUAUGCCAAAGCGGAGCUCAUCUCCAACCCCCCCAAACGGAAGCAAGAGGUGCUUACCACGGUCGGAAAGGAUGGCCAAUUGUCUCAAAUCUCACUGUCCGGCGAGCUCAAGGUUACAUCACCACUGGAGGGCUCAUCAGAAACCGCUCCGGUGGUCACCGAAGAGAUCGUCGCCCAGAAAGUAACCCUCGACAACUCAUCUGAAUCUUCCACGGAGCCAGUUCUAGCACCCGACACAGAGGCUCCAUCCACCCAAACACUGCAAGUCUCUAUCACCGUCCCCACCCCCUCUGUGCCACCCGCACCCUUCCCCUUCCGCGACCCGGACUGGGAACGCAUCGAAUCAGGCUACCACACCCUCGCCAUCGCCGACCUCAACUCCAAAGCGCGCUCCUACAACCUGCAGGCCCCCGAGCUUGCCAAGCGGCCCUACUUCAAUCUCCAGCGCGAACUCAACGCCUGCUUUGCCGACGUCGCCCCGCAGCUCCCACAAGCAAUCCUCGAUCGAGCGCGCGCUCCUCCCAAAAAAACACAGGGUUUCGGCCAAGCUAUGGCCGACAAGUCCCUGUUUGGCAACAUGGUUGGCGCGCCUGUCAGGAUCAGAGAUGAGCGCACUACGAAACAAUACGGCUUUCGCCAGUUCUGGAAGGAUCUCUGGGCAAAGGAACCACCUGAGCGGCUUUAG